AUGUCAAGAAUCCUGCGCAUCGGCCAGGAAGAGGAAGCACUUAUCCUCAUCCUCCUUGCACACAACACCUUCGACCAGGUCAUCGCAGCCAGGACCGAGGCAAAGCAACUCCCGAUCAUUACCGGAGCCGCUCGCCUUGUCGCCGAGCAGCAUAAGGUUAAACAGCUAAUGCGUAACGAGGAAAUUCCGGAGAAGGACUGGCAGCUCAAGUACCUAUCCUACAAAUCCCAGGUUAUACACGAAAAGGCUGCCCGUAUAUAUAGAAUGCUUAUCGGCUCGCGUGCCGACCACCUGAGUUGGGACAACUUCAACGUCGACCUGGUAGAUUUCCUACCCGGCGGCCAAUUCGAGAACCAGAAGGCUCAGAAGGAGCAAUGUUCGGCCAGUAAGGCAGAGGCCAUGAGGGUCGUCGCAGAGACAUCCGGCUUAUCCGCCUCCGACCUCAGACUGCUCCUUCUUCACAGGGACUCUAUGCUCGCCGCACUCAAGGCCGGCACCAUCGGCACUCCGAUCGCCACGACCGCGAGCGUCAAGAAGAAGCAGGCUCCUAUCCCUAAGAAGAGAAAGCGCGCAGAGAAGGAGAAGACCCUCCCAGACCCCGGCCCCAAGAGACAGCGCAAGGAGAAGGAGAAGCCGACCCUAGGUACCACUAAGAAGAGAAGCCUCCGUUCCCAGAAGAAGAAGGGUCAGGCUGAAAGUGAGAAUAAUGAUAAAUACCAGCCUUAA